AAAUAGAUCCCCACUAAAUGUUUUAGAUAAAAAGGCUAGGAAUAAGAAAGGUUAACAGGAACAACUAUGUUGUCCAGGGUCUACAUGAAGGCUAGAGAGACGAAAAAAGAGAGGAUCUUUCUAUUUUUCUAGCUUCUUAUAGCUCAGCUUUUUGAAGGGUUUUUUUUGCAGGAUUUGGAAUUUGGAGCUCUUCUUCAAUAAAGACCAAACCAGUAAUGCUGGGAGUAUGGGGAAGAAAGGAAGUUGGUUUUCUGCAAUUAAAAGGGUUCUCAUACCACACUCCAAGGAAAAGCUAAGCAAUGGAUCGGAUAAAACGAGUGGUAAAGAAAAGAAGAAGAAAGACCUAGGAAAAUUAAGAUAUGGGGACACCAAUUCCUUUAUUCGCCUCUUCAGAGAGCCCAGCAGUGUUGAGAAAAUUCUUGGUGAGGCUGAAAGAGAGCAGAGAAUAGUAUUCAGGCCUCCGGCACUCCCGGAGCAGCCGGCGACACUGCCUUUCGUUCCUCAUCGAGCUGCUGCUCCAAGUAGUUCUUCUCAUAGGAUUGCUUCCCCGAGGUCUGCUUCUCUGCCGCGAAUCGCUUCCCCUUCACAAGCUCCUUCUCCACCACGAACCGCCUCUCCGAAAGCUGCUCCGCCAACAGUUAUCCGUCCUCGACUGGAACCAACUUCAAGGAACAAUCAUGCUUCAGCUACAAAAGUUCAAGCGGCCUAUAGAGGUUACAUGGCAAGGAGAAGUUUUCGAGCUUGGAAAGGCCUUGUGAGGCUUCAAGGAGUUGUGAGAGGUCAGAAUGUGAAACGCCAAACUACUACUGCGAUGAAGCAUAUGCAGCUUCUGGUUCGAGUUCAGUCUCGGAUUCAGUCUAGCCGGAUCCAGAUGUUAGAAAACCAAGCACGACAACAGGCUCGGUUUAAGAACGAUAAAGAAGUGGGAAGUACCUUGGGUAAAUCAACCUUCAUUCAGGCGUUUGUUGCAGGCAACGAAGACUGGGAUGAUAGCUUGCUAACGAAGGAAGAAAUCGAGGCAAGAAUGCAGAGAAAGGUAGAGGCCGUCGUCAAGAGAGAAAGAGCCAUUCCCUAUGCAUAUUCCCAUCAGCUAUGGAAAGCUACUCCGAAUUCGGGUCACGCGGGUGCAUCAAACAUUCGAACUCGCGGACCAUGGUGGUGGAACUGGUUAGAACGUCAGCUGGCUUCUAGCAAUGCUCCUGCAGAAGGCCAUGGCAUGAAGGAUUUCCGACUUACACCAACAAGGCCAAAUUCUGAAUUGAAGCCUAGUCCAAAACUGCCAUUGGGCAACAAGAAACAUCAGUUUAUACUCGACGAUAUGGACACUCCGACACCGCAAUCUAAGAGAUUAACCACGCUUCCAAUUACACGACCUAUGCAAACUCCACCUAGUGGAAUCCUGGAAGGAAGAAGUUCAGCAUUGUCGAAAUAUUCAAGACCGAGAGCUAACGGAGGGGAUUCAUCGUUUGACUUGCUCUUGAAGGAUGAUGACAGUCUCACUAACUGCCCGCCAUUCUCGGUUCCGAAUUACAUGACACCAACAGUUUCGGCCAAAGCCAAAGCAAGAGGCAACAGCAACUCGAAGGAUAUCUUUACGGGGACGCCAGAAAGUGAGACGUCGAAGAGGAGGCUUUCGUUCCCUUUGACACAAGGGAUGGGAUCAUUCAAAUGUAGCAAAGGGUCUUUGUUUCCAGGCAUGGAUUCAAGCACUCAAAGGGGUUUAGAUAAGAACCGAUCACUUCAAUCCAUAGGCAAUUUGAGUGUGGAUUCAACCGUUUCAAUGCCUGCAGCGGUUGGAAGAAGGCCAUUUAACCGAUUUGUUUGAUCUUUUUUUUAACCUUUGAUUACUUCAUUUUGGUGUUUAUCUUGUGUGCAUGGUGUCAUGGUGAGUUGCAAAAUUUACUGAUUGUAAGAUAAAUGAUAAUGAUAAUAAUAUCUGCAUGGAUUAA